AUGAUGUGGCGGAGAAAGAGGAGGCGCGUCAAUGUCACCUGCGUUGACAAUUGCCCUUCGGGUUCACUCGGCCUGCAACCGGACCUGUGCGAAUACGAGAGAAAAGUUUGCCACUACCCACCCUGCGAUUGCGAGGUUGGCGAUUGGACCGACUGGGGGUGCAGCGCAGAAUGCGGCACAGGAGAGCACAGGAAAACGCGAUUUCAGACGAAGACCUAUCCUGAGCAAAAACGUCCCCACCCCUUUUCUCUUCCCGUCGUAGUUGGUUCUCCUCUCCCUUCCUUUUCUGAAAGUUCGAACUUUCUUUGUGCUUUACAAUUUGGUCUUUUCUAGUACAUAGACACCCCAUAGUCACGAUGGUGAAUCUGCUAGGCAAAUCAACAAGCUUUCGUUGUUGCGCAUGACAAGUGUGACCUCGUAGCUAGUGUAUGUGUAAUUCUGGCGAGCUAGUUCAGUAGCAUCACAGACCUAGCAUAUCGUGGUGAUUCGAGCUCCCUGUCUGCUUCUAUUACAGUUGUGAGCGCAAAGUAUCGUUGAAAGAAAAUAUGAGUGCCCGGGGAUGAAGAGAUACUCGCGAUGUUUUCGCAGUUCUGACCCUAUGCCGCUCCAGCGCCUGCGGAGGCUUGCCUCCCCAGCGAUAAUGGACAAUGGCAAUCCAAUGUCGGCGCGGUUGUUUUAGCAUCACAAAUUCCCCGAAAUGUCUUUCCUGUCCCUGCGGAGGCUUGCUUCCACGGUGACAAUGGACGAGAGCGCAGCCGGCGCGGUUGUUUUAGCAUCACAAAUUUCGAAACACAGCUAGAAAAUGCUUCUGAUGGGGCGAGAAACAUUUUCAGCAUGCAGCUUUGCGUUACAGCUAUGGGAUCGUGGGGACGUUUUUACAUAGGAUAGGAACCCAACCUCCGGAGGAAGAAGUUGCGCAGACACGUCGGACGCAAACGGCGUCGCAUACAGCAUACUCGUGCAAUAUGGGAGUGUCAGGAUUGAAAUCGUCAAAGUUGAAAUGAUUUGUGAUGCAUAAAAUCGAUACCAGCUGGAAGCCCGCCAAUUUCCCAGCGGCGCAUGACAAAUUUCGACACCCUCUAAAAUCAGUUUGUCAUGCUGUUUAGAGACAGAAGGCGCCUUUUAUCAUGCUACUUUAGCAGCUCUAUGCCAAACCCAAAACAGGCUUACAAUCGGCCUCGUUUACAAUCCCUGCAAGAGAGGCACUUCAUGCCUUGCAGUUUCUGCAUGAGAAAUUAUUUCAACCUUGAGGAUUUCAGUUCUGACGCUUCCAUAAGCAAAAAAACGCGUGCCAGAUCUGUAAGCUUGGAGAUUUCGCACACACCGCGCAGACGAACCUGGAGUGUGUGGACGAUGGCGCUGGAAGCUGCAGGCGUUCCUGCAAAAAAGGGUUUGACUGGAACCACAUCACGCAGCGGUGCGACUGGAAGGUGUGCACCUGCGAAGGCGGCGUCGGUGCUGAGGGGACAGAGUGCCCGUACAACGGGGCAGUCAACUGCGCGAGUUGCAAGAAGGACUUCUCUUUCUUCACCCAAAGGUUUGCAGAAGAUGACCCUAGGGAGUUUACAAUUUGCCGCCGGAAAUGCAGGUCGCUGGCCGCCGUCGCCAACCUCCAGGUGACCUCCGGUGCUGGCAAGAGUUCUUCAUCUUCUUCCUUCAGUAGCACCUCUUUGCAGCUAGUCCGAUCGGAAAAGGAACAGUCAAUCAUAUUACAGUGAAAAAUGCCCCGACCCCCAAAGUUGCAAAAAUUUGCGAUGCGAAGUUUCCAAAUGAAAACUUUUUGUCAUGCAUGAAAGGAGUAUGAAUCUUGCUGAUGCAGAGCCUAGGAGUGUAUCGCAUCGCUUGCAUUACAAGCGCCGCUUUUAAUGGGGUCUUUUGCAAUACAAAUUUUUACUAUUCACGAUUGGACAUCUGUGAUACUGAUAGAUGCAAGAGCAAGAGGGCGAAUGUCUCACGACUUGGAAAAGUUUGCAAUGCAAAUGCUCCCAAGGCCGGGGGUGGGGGCAUUUUUCAUUGUAAUAAAUCAACAACGUGUGCAACACGGACACGGAGACACUGUAUCAAAUGCAAAAAUCUGGGUCUGGAAGGAUGCAAGGUUUGUCAUGCACAUUUUGUAUGACUCCUGAUCUCUGCGAUGCAUGCCCUAGCAUCACAGGUGUUGUGACGGCUUUCUGAUGCCUAUACCGCAAGAGAAAUGUCCUCUCGCCGUGGCCAGAACCAGACCUCUUUUGCUGUUCAUGCAAUACAGUUUUUUGGAUAAUGCAGACGCAGCAUCACAAGUUUAUUCUUCCAGACCCAGACAUUUUUACAUUUGAUAUGCUGACCACGAGUGCGAUGGCGCUCUGCCAGGCGGCGACCUGCAACUAUGGCGACCGGCAAAGCUGUUGCGUGAAAAAAAGCGCUGCGGUGGCGGUCGCAUGGAGCGAAAAGCUGCCACUUCUUGUAGCCGUGCACGUGGCGAUAGCAGCUUUCGCGUACGUUUAAUGCUGCUAGAGGAGGUAAAUAAGUAAGCGCUCAUCCCGACUUUGUCUGUGUCUCCUUGACGAGCAACUUCAAUAGAAAGGAACAUAGUCUGUCGCCUUUGUGCAAAACGUAUAGAAGAAGAAGAACUCACCAAUACCAAAACGUUGUAUAGAAUGCUUGUUUCAGCUUGCUCUUUCACACCGAAGGUUUUUUCUAAUUACGGCCUAAACCGGGAUGACAGAAGGAUGCAAGUCCUGCAUUGCAAUCAUGUUUUGCUCUCUUUCUCUCUUAUUAAUUUGCUCUUUCAUGUCACUGAUGGUGGCAUAAUCUAACUGGAUAUAACCGGGAUAACAGUCAGACGCGUUAUUAUAUCGGAUCCUUUGUUUUUGUUUGUUUGCGAAACCGCGUAAGUAGAAAAAGAGCUCCAAAACGUAUAGAAUGUUUGUCUGCUAAAAUCCGUUUCGACUUCAACUUUUUUCGCGAGAAUCAAAUGAAUCCCAGACACAAGUCUCGUUUGCCAAAAUCCGUUUCGAUUUCAAUUUUUAUUUUCGCGAGAAUCAUUCAUGCCGCAGACACAAGUCUGCUUAUCGGUCCACUCGAUCUUCACGCGGCGAUUGUUUGCAGGCAUUUCGACCAGGCGAAUCUGACCUCAGCUGUCAGCUUGAUUUUAGCGCUCCAAAACAUCGGAGUUAUUCGCGAAGAUUAACAAGCAGAAGCAACUUCUCAUCAUGCUCAAAAGUGACCUAGGAGCAGGAUUGCUUUUUUGGACG